AUGACAGCCAAAGAAAUCAAAAAGGUAAACACUGUUAGCACCCCAAGUCCGACAGUUGCGGCUCCUACUAACCAACAACAGCAAGCAGUAGAAUUAAACUGUCAAAGAUGUCAAAGAAAAGUCGAAUUAAUAAAAACACCCAGCCAACCCGAUAAAGACCUAAUCACUAUCAAAGGAACCUUAACUUCUCAAAUCCAACUAAGAGGAGAAAGUACCAAGGAACCUUAUUAUUACACCUUUAUCAGGCUAAAAAGCCAAUCCAUCGAUUUACCAGUUAUUUUUAAGAUUACAGAGCAAGACAAUAAACUAAUAGAACCCAAACUAAAAAAAGGUUCAGAAAUCCAAUUAUCAGGCCAUUACUCCAAUUCCGAAAAGAAUGUUCGCAAAUCCUUCACGGCUUAUUCUUACCAAAUUUGUAACGAAAAGAGGAUAAAAAAGAAAUGCUUUGGUUGCGGGGAUACUUUUACCUGUUCCCAGCCAGAAAAUUACGAUUACUGCUCUAACUGUGAACUAAAUAGCAACCGUUAUAUUAGUAAAGAUAACAAAUGCUCCGAAUGCAACGGCUUAGGAAUAAUCAAAUUCCCUAAUCAACCACCCCGUCCUUGUAAAACCUGCCAUUUAGCCCAAGUAGCCAACUUAGAGCAAGCCAAAAGUCAAUCACCGAAACUAGCAGCCAAGGCCGAGCAGAUUAUUGAACUGCAUAAGCAAUUAGAGAAAGAACCUUUACUAAGUUAG